CCAAGUAGGCUUUAGCAACAUUUGAGUACAUUAAUGAACAAAACACACUUAUUUAUAGGUAAUUUUAUAUGAAAAAAAAAAACUAAAGUGUAUUUUUAUAUAAACAACUGCUGUUUUAUUAGCUCAUGACUUUUAGGCAUUGUUAACAAAUGGCAGUCGAUCGAUCAAGUGUUUGCAUUGUUUUCUGCUCAAAGGCAAUCUGAUGAAGUGAGUGAAAAGCUAGGCACUCCGCGUGUGCGUGCGUGUUUGUCUUACCCACUGCUUUUUGUGAUUGGUCGAAAAAAACUUGUUUGUUCCCCUCCAUGCCCACAUGAAUAAAAGAAGACUGCAAGAGCCUAUCGGCGCGCGCGACACCCCUCCUACACCGCGCGCUAAAGUUAUCCACUUCAGCUACUCCCAACCCCUAAGCAGACUUUGUCAUCCAAAACUAUCAGACCUUUUAAGAAAACACCGCAAAGAAUUAAGUAACCGUUGUUCACUCGAGAGCGUUUGGAGUACCCCCUCCCUGGCGCGCGCUGCUACUUGUUCUUGCGGUAGUUAUUUUGCUCAUGACCCCCUCCGCACAAAACGACACUGUUUAUCUUUGUUUGAUUUUUUGGAGGUUUCACAUCCCCGCGAUAGUGUGGCUGGAUAACAAUUUUCUUAUUUUUCCCUUUUUUUGAAAAGAGGACUUGUGAAUUUUAGUCAUUAAGGAAACAUUCAUCAACAAGUCUGGACUUGCUUUCGCAGUUUAAACAUCAGCCUUAUUGUGCCUCGUCCUUUAUUGAAAGUAGAAUGUCAUCUUUACCGGGAACAGUACCGCGAAUGAUGCGACCGGCUCCAGGACAGAACUAUCCCCGCACUGGAUUCCCCUUGGAAGGUUGGUUGGACAGAUGCUCGGUUUCAACUCCUCUGGGUCAAGGUCGAGUCAAUCAGCUUGGCGGAGUUUUCAUCAAUGGCAGGCCUUUGCCAAAUCAUAUCCGCCACAAAAUAGUUGAAAUGGCUCACCACGGCAUCCGUCCCUGCGUGAUCUCCCGACAACUUCGCGUUUCCCACGGUUGUGUGUCCAAAAUCCUCUGCCGGUAUCAAGAAACUGGCUCAAUCCGUCCUGGAGCAAUAGGAGGAAGCAAACCCAGACAGGUGGCAACACCUGACGUGGAAAAACGAAUCGAAGAAUACAAGCGCGAUAAUCCCGGCAUGUUCAGUUGGGAGAUUCGGGAUAAACUGCUGAAGGACGGGGUGUGUGACAGAAGUACAGUUCCCUCAGGUGAGGCCUCAUCUGUAAGUUCUAUCAGUCGGGUUCUUCGUGCGCGAUUUGGCAAAAAAGACGAUGAGGACGACUGUGACAAAAAGGAUGACAGUGGGGAGAAAAAAACUAAGCACAGCAUUGACGGCAUACUGGGAGACAAAGGACGAAUGGAUGAUGGCUCAGACGUGGAGUCUGAACCAGACCUGCCCUUGAAGAGGAAGCAGAGGCGCAGCCGGACCACCUUCACAGCCGAGCAGCUGGAAGAACUGGAGAAGGCCUUUGAAAGGACACACUACCCAGACAUCUACACUAGAGAGGAACUAGCCCAGAGAACCAAGCUCACUGAGGCCAGAGUACAGGUUUGGUUCAGCAAUCGUCGAGCAAGAUGGCGUAAACAAGCUGGAGCCAAUCAACUGGCAGCAUUUAACCACCUGUUACCUGGAGGGUUUCCACCCACAGGCAUGCCCACUUUACCAACAUACCAGCUUCCUGAGUCCACCUAUCCUUCAACAACAUUACCACAAGACGGUAGUGGCACAGUGCAUCGGCCCCAGCCGUUGCCUCCCUCCACCAUGCAUCAGGGCGGGCUCUCGAGCGACAGCAGCUCCGCCUACGGCCUCUCGUCCAACCGCCACAGCUUCUCCAGCUACACCGACACCUUCAUGAGCCAGUCAGCGAGCAGUAAUCACAUGAAUCCCGUGAGCAAUGGACUAUCUCCACAGGUGAUGAGCAUCCUCAGCAACCCUAGUGCUGUGGCCCCUCAGCCCCAGCAUGAGUUUUCCAUCUCCCCCCUGCACAGUGGCCUGGAGGCCUCCAACCCCAUCUCAGCCAGCUGCAGCCAUCGCUCUGAGCCUAUCAAGACUGCUGACAGCCUGCCCUCCUCCCAGUCCUACUGCCCCCCUACGUACAGCACCACCAGCUACAGCGUGGACCCCGUCACUGCGGGCUACCAGUACAGUCAGUACGGCCAGACUGCGGUGGAUUACCUGGCUAAGAAUGUGAGCUUGUCCACACAGAGAAGGAUGAAGCUCGGCGAGCACUCAGCUGUGCUCGGACUGCUACAGGUGGAGACGGGACAGGCGUAUUGAUGCAUUUCGAACUGAACAUCCAC